AUGCAUUCCUUGCUGUGGUGUUUCCGCCCGCGCAAGCGAAGAGACCUCCAUGACUGGAAGCAAAUAGAGGGUCAGCCAUCCCGUUCCCCCCCCUGGCACGACCCCAACGACAACACCUUGCUCUUUGAAGGCUUCGAAUGGCACAUCCCGAGCGACAAUCGCCACUGGAGGCGGCUGCAACGCGCCCUGCCGGCCCUGCACGCCAUCGGGGUGGACUCCGUCUGGCUCCCGCCGGGGUGCAAGGCGAUGAACCCGUCGGGGAACGGGUACGACAUCUACGACCUGUACGACCUGGGCGAGUUCGACCAGAAGGGCUGUACCGCCACCAAAUGGGGCUCCUUCGCCGACCUCGAGGCGCUGAUGGAGGACGCCCACGCCAUCGGGGUGGGCGUGUACUGGGAUGCGGUGCUGAACCACAAGGCCGGCGCCGACUUCCCGGAGCGGUUUGAAGCGGUCAAGGUUGAUUCUCAGCGACGCGAUGUCGAGAUCGCAACCCCCCAAGAGAUCUCCGGCUGGACGGGCUUCAGCUUCUCCGGCCGGGGCCCCGCCCACAGCGCCCAGGAAUACCACUGGUACCACUUCAGCGGGGUGGACUGGGACGACGCCGCCAAAGAGAACGCGAUCUUCCGGAUCUGCGGCGCGGGGAAGCCCGGCUGGGCGGAGGACGUGGGCCGGGAGCUGGGGAACUACGACUACCUGAUGUUCGCGGACCUGGACUACUCGCACCCGGAGGUGCGCGCGGACGUGCUGCGCUGGGGCACCUGGAUCGGCCAGCGGCUGGGGUUGAAGGGGAUGCGGCUGGACGCGGCGAAGCACUUCUCCAUGCGGUUCCAGAAGGCGUUCGCGGCGCACAUGCGCGCGACCACAGACCCGGAUUUCGUCGUCAUCGGCGAGUACUGGACGGGGGAUGUGCAGGAGCUGGUGCGGUACGUCCAGACCGAGAUGGAGGGGACGGUGGUCGCGGUCGACGCGCCGCUGGUGCAUAAUUUCUCGCGGGUGUCGUUGGAGAAAGGCCGUGGGGAUCUGCGGCGCGUGCUGCGGGGGACGUUGGUCGAACGGUGUGGGGCGAAUGCUUUGAACACCAUCACCCCGGACUUCAAACUCCUCGCCUACGCCCUCAUCCUCCUCCGCCAAGAAGGCCGCCCAUGCCUCUUCUACGGCGACCUGUACGGCAUCUGGGACGCCCAGACACAACAAGCCCACCGCGACCCGGCCUACGCCUACCACCUCCCCAUCCUCACCCGCACCCGCAAGCUCUUCGCCUACGGCGAGCAACAGGACUACUUCGACCAAGCGCAUUGCAUCGGCUUCGUCCGAUACGGCAACGCCCGCCACCCGGCGGGAUUGGCGUGUGUGUUAAGCAACGCGCCCGGGCGUGCCACGAAGCGCAUGUAUGUCGGGCAGCGACACGCGCAGGCGACGUGGACGGAGGUGUUGGAGGGCGACAGCAGCAAAAUGGGUGCGGUGGUGAUUGACGCGCGGGGGUAUGGGGAGUUCCCCGUGGAGGGAGGGGGGGUAAGCGUUUGGGUUGAUGCGGCGGCCCCGGACCGCGGGAGGCUGAAUGACCCGUUUUUUGCGAAUGCAGUGAUCAUGACAUCUAUGGGUAUCUACGGUAAGGUGAGCAAAAGGUAA